GGGCUGCAGUGAUGACGCGGGGGCGUGGCGCGAGUCGAGGUUGCCCCUCGCGCAGCUCAGAGCGCGGAGAGGAGAUCAACGCGCGGAGGGGUGUGUGUGUAUGAAUGUGUGUAGAGAGUGUGUGUCCACGUCUCAUACCCCCUACCUGGGCUCACGCUCUGAUAGUGUGCUCUAGUCGUCGGUACCGGAGGUUCCUCGCGCCGCGAUGGCAGCUGGCGGCCGCUUCUGAUCCAGUCUCGCGCCACUUGGUAGAACAGGUUCGAGGUUCGGGUUGGGCUCGCGGAGACCCGGGCUGGUUCCUCCGCUCGUGCCAAGGAUUAAACGCGUUCGACGUGCUCGUGAAGACCAGCUGCACUCCCUCCUCUACCGAUGAGCUCCAUGCCGUUAAACCUCGAGCACCACCACCACUUUACCGGGAGUAAGCACGCGCUGGCUAUGGCGUCCACCUUACAGCCGCUUCAGCGCGCGGGGGACACGAAGCACCGGCUGGACGUGCACGCGGUGUCGGACACCUCGAGCCCCGAGUCUGCCGUAUGUAUCGUGCCCACAGAGAAGGAGAAGAGCGGGAAGCAGGCGGCUGAGGACGCCUCUGACGACCCGUCCAAGAAGAAGCGGCAGCGGCGGCAGCGGACGCAUUUCACGAGCCAGCAGCUGCAGGAGCUCGAGGCCACGUUCCAGCGGAACCGCUACCCCGACAUGAGCACGCGCGAAGAGAUCGCGGUCUGGACCAACCUGACAGAGGCGCGCGUGCGGGUCUGGUUCAAGAACCGGCGCGCCAAGUGGCGGAAGCGCGAGCGGAACCAGCAGGCGGAGCUGUGCAAGAGCGGCUUCGGCCCGCAGUUCAACGGCCUCAUGCAGCCGUACGAGGACAUGUACCCGAGCUACACGUACAACAACUGGGCCGCCAAGGGCCUGGCGUCCGCCUCGCUCAGCACCAAGAGCUUCCCCUUCUUCAACUCCGUGAACCCGCUGUCCUCCCAGGCCAUGUUCCCGCCCUCAUCCAUGGGCAUGGGCUCCGGCAUGGUCCCCCCCGGGGCGGGCCUCAACUCCGGACUCAACUCCGGCCUCAACUCCCUCAACAACCUCAGCAACCUCAACAACCCGGCGCUCAACCCCGCCGGCGGCGUGUCCGCGCCCGCCUGUCCGUACGCGCCCCCGACGCCGCCCUACGUGUACCGGGACACGUGUAACUCCAGCCUGGCAAGCCUCAGACUCAAAGCCAAGCAGCACUCCAGCUUCGGGUACGCGAGCGUCCAGAACCCGGCGUCGAACCUGAGCGCGUGUCAGUACGCGGUGGACAGACCCGUCUAGCCCCGCACCACCCCCUCCCCUCCCCUCCCCCUGAUCCUGUGACCCCCACGACCUCUUCCGGGCCGCCCCUCGUCCCGCGAGCAGAGGAGGUCUGGACCGGGAGUGGGUUUUGCGCGGUUCGGUAGGAGGUUUUCCCCGGGACUCGGUACACGGGCCUUGGUACCCGGGACUCGGUACCCGGGACUCGCUACCCGGUUGGACUCGAUGGUUGUAAAUAUUCUCGGUCUCUAACGACCGCCGCAUGUGAACCCAACGGAUCCUGAUUUGCUUGCAGCACAAAGGGAAUGUACAUAGGCGCCCCGCCGCGUGCUCUAACAUAUUAAUAACUAAUAUUAAUGUCGUGUGGGUCUGGGUUAGUAGAACAAGUUUCACGUGUCCCGCCGUUUCUCUCUCUGUACGGAAUAAUGUCUCAUUUUUUUCAACAUCAAAAAAUAAACUAUUGUGUUUUAUUUAAUGGAAGUAAAUAUAUUGUUCAAAAUA